AUGGCGACCACUGAUCCAGUAGUCCCGAAAGAGCUACCGCCUGUCGAUGAGAAAGGGAUGGACUCCGGGAGGCUCGAGUUUGCUGCCAAAGGGGUCGACACGGACGACUCAUCGGACGAGCAACUCCACACCGUUGAUCAUGGCUUCGAUGCCAGUAAUGUGAUCAUUUCUCUCCCUACAGAGGAGGAGCAGAGGAUCCUGCGCAAGAUUGACUACCGACUCGUCCCUGUGCUAUCGAUACUAUACCUCGUUGCGUUUGUGGAUCGAUCGAAUAUCGGCAAUGCCAAAAUCGCUGGUCUGGCGGCAGAUCUGAAAUUGACUGGUCUCCAAUACAACACUGCUGUAACGCUGUUUUUCGUCAGCUACGGAUUCUUCGAAGUUCCGUCCAAUAUCGUGCUCAAGCUUAUGCGACCGAGUCGAUGGAUCGCGAUCCUGAUGUUCUGCUGGGGCCUUGUCAUGACCCUCAUGUGUCUGGUAAAAAACAAGGAAGGAUUGUAUGCUGCCAGGUUCUUCUUGGGUAUUGCUGAGUCCGGCUUCUUCCCAGCAGCUACUUUUCUUCUCACGCUCUGGUACCGCCGCUAUGAAGUCCAGAAACGAUUGGCAGUUUUCUACACAGCUGCCUCGCUUUCAGGUGCAUUCUCGGGAUUACUCGCCUACGGCAUUGGCUUCAUGAAAGGUAUUGCGGGCCUGGAUGGGUGGAACUGGAUCUUCCUACUCGAAGGGCUCGUCCCUGUCGCGCUCUCCCUUGUGAUCUGGAAACUUCUCCCAGACAGCCCUGAGACAGCAUCCUUCUUGACCAAGCAUGAGAAAGAGUUUGUGAUCAAUCGUCUUGCACUUGAGACGGGCUCGGGACAUGGCAGAGUCACGAACGAGGACAAGAUCAGUCUAAAGCAGAUUUUCGCCGCCUUCAAGGAGCCAAGGAUCUAUGGCGGAUGGGUGAUGUUCUGGGCAAAUACCAUCGGUACCUAUGGUUUUACAGCCACGGUACCGUCAGUCAUUGAAGAGUUGGGAUACACGGCUGCUAUUGCUCAGCUGCUGACCAUCCCGAUAUAUGUUGCGGCCAUGAUUAUGGUACUCAUCUUCGCUUUCUGGUCUGAGAAGGUCCAGCAGAGGUCACCAUUCAUCAUGGCCGGAUUUUCCAUCGCGGUGUUCGGAUUCAUUGCCCAGCUGGCCAUCCCGCACAACAAAUUGCCCGGCCUAACAUAUGGUUUCCUGUUUCCAGUGGCAAUGGGCAUGUACUGUCCGUUCAUCAUGAUCGUGGCCUGGACGGGCAACAAUCUCGCACCGUCCUCGAAGCGUGCUGUGGGCAUGGCCUUGCUGAUAUCCGUAGGCAACUUUGGCGGUAUCUGUGGCUCAAACAUCUUCAUCGCUAGACAGAAACCGAGGUAUCCUGCUGGUUUCGGUACAGGACUUGGCAUAUGUGUCUGUGCGAUCAUCAUGGCCUACGUUUUGCGUGUCAAUUGCCAGCGCGAGAACGAGCGACGUCGUAAGAUGAUCGAAGAGGAAGGCGAGGAUGCUAUCAGGGCCAGAUAUGGUGAUCAGCAGCUCCUCGAAAUGGGCGACAAGAGCCCGUUCUUCAUCUACACCCUGUAG